AUGCAAGAGACAGUGCAACCAAAUCAACUUUAUCGAAUCAUUGGCACCUCCCAAAUCCCAAAUCGUCUUUCUGUCACGCCUCCCUGUCGGAUUUAUUUGGGUGACCACAUAUCUGGCUUUAAAGGUCAACCAUUUGGUCACUCCAGAUUAUGCGUAUACUGCGACAUACUGCGUAUGACUGGAGAUAGACGUACGUGUGACUCAGGCAACUGGUCAUUCACAGCAGGUCGUUCACAGCACAGCUGCACUUCUUUCGUUCGUUUCAAGUGUCGCUUUCGUCAAAGUGCCCACAUAUGGAGGUGCAAGCUUUCCGCUUAA